GGACCGAACCAAGCCAAUGCGAGACGAGCCAAGACAAAAGAAAAGAGAGGGAGAAAGCGAUGAGAUGGGGAAAACAUGUUACCGGAAAUUAGAUGCGAUCUACGAUACAAGUGGCCGUUGCUACUUCUUACUGGCUGGGGAUGGGACGGAAGUGACGGGAUCAAGUGCACACAGGGCCAGCAAGCAAGGCGAAAGGGCCAAAAGCGAGGGCGAAAAGGAAGGAUCUUGCUUACGGCACAGCACAGCAAGCCACGACGGUUGGGGAGGAGGGAGGCAGGGUGAAGAAAAGGAAAGCGAAUCUGUGGGGUACUGUACUGUACAGUACAGCUAUUCUCUUUCCUCUCUUGAUACGGUACCAUUCGCACGGGUUACCAGUAUACCAGUAUUAUUAUUAAAAGGUUAUUUAUUGUGCUUGAGUGCAGCACCGUGUCGCGAGUUCCAGGCACUGGCACUCGUGAGGGAAGACAUGACACGGCCGACGGUGUCAUGUCGGGGAAAAGUGGAGGGAGAGAAAAUCUCGUGGAAGUUACUCCGCGUUCAGAGCUUUUUUUAACCCUUUCCUUUCUCACACAAAAUGUGAUCAUGCACCAUCGCCUUUCGAUGGGUGAGUUAAGUUAGUCACUUCGCUCGCCUCCGUCCUCUUCCCUACCCGUACUUUACCAUUUCCGCCUUUUACCUCUUUUUCUGCUCGUACCCUAUAUAUCCCAUAACUUUACCCCUCUCCCCCUCCAUUUCUUGUUCCUACUUUUGCCGAUCCAUACUCGAGUAGACUGAGGGCUUUGUCCGUUGACCCCACCACCAUCAUUACCUCGUUCGUCUCAACCUCCUCCCCCUCCUCCGUUCCUACAACAACCUCAACCGACACCAACACCCUUUGUCGUGACAGUCUCUCAAACCCAGCAGGAAUGUCUUCUCCAGACUUGCAACCUGAAGAGAGCUACACCUUCCCAUCCCACCGCCUUCAACAGGUAUUGAGCGAUCCUACUAAGAUACCGUUGGUCCUUGUCGCUUGUGGCUCUUUCUCGCCCAUCACCCACAUGCAUCUUCGAAUGUUCGAGAUGGCUGUCGACUAUGUACGUCAGAACAUGAGCGAUACUUAUGAGGUCGUUGGCGGCUACCUAUCACCUGUGAGCGAUCGGUACAAAAAGGCUGGUCUGGCAAGCGCCACCCAUCGGUUUGUCCUCCUCUCCUCUUCCACCUCCGCCCCCGGUCCCGAUUAACGUACAUACUAUAGGGUCCGCAUGUGCGAAUUAGCCUGUGAACAAACCUCCGACUGGCUAAUGGUCGACCCAUGGGAAGCUAUCCAGAAGGAGUACCAGCCCACUGCCGUCGUACUGAAUCACAUCACCACUUCCGUGAAUGAGCAGCUCGGUGGAAUUUCCACCAGCUCAGACCCGGACGCUCCCAAGAAGCCUGCGCAAGUUUUUUUGCUCGGUGGCUCUGACCUUUUGCAAACUAUGUCGCAGCCAGGCGUCUGGUCUUUGGAGGAUCUGGACUUGAUUAUUGGGUCCCACGGGAUUUUUGUCAUUGAGCGUUCCGGCUCUAGUGUCAGUGAUGCGUUGGCCCCGCUUAGCGAGUGGGGAGAGAAGAUUGGGAAGAACUGGUUGGAGAAUAUCCAUGUUGUUCGGCAAUUGAUUGCCAACGAUAUCAGCAGUACCAGGAUCAGGCAAUUCUUGAGAUGGGGGAUGAGUGUUAAGUACCUACUGCCCAAUUGUGUCAUUGAGUACCUGAAGGAGCACCAAUUCUACAGAGACCCGGUUGAGGAUAAUUACCCUUUGGGGGACGAGAAGGAGAAAGGAAAAGGGGAAAUGGUGGAGGAAGGCUCAAACACCGUGAGCGACGGAGCGAGGGUGGCCUGAUUUGAUAAUGGAAAGUUUAGCGGAGGCCCAGAUGCGAGGCCGUUGGAAGGCGUAGGGGUGACACGCACCCGGCAGACCAGAAGAAGAAUAAGGCCAAAAAAAAAACAGAAAACGUUCAGAUUGAGGUCCAAGGAAGUUUCGGGCAAACCGGGAUCCGAUGGAUGGGUUCAACUCUCAUGGCUAGUUGGAUUCUAUAUACCCCCCGCGGUUUUUCCAGUCCAGAGCGGCGAUAGAUAUUAUACAGAAAUGAUACCCCUUUUCCUCUCUAUUGUUUCAUUGUCUCCUUCUCUCGGGGCUUGCUUUUUCUAUGUAGAAUAAAGACCGGACAAAGCUGGGUUUCCACUCCUUAAACCGGAUGAUCUCCUGUUUGUUUAUUUUAGUUACAUCUCUCUCUCUCUCUCCAGAGUAUCUUUUCCUUUUUAACGGCUUCUGAAACUGAUAGAUCAUACUUACGGCCAAAUGUUUCUUGAAAGAUAUAAAGAUGGAGUUGCUGCCCUGGGGGCCUGUUUCAAAUUGAUAUCAAUCGCGUCCUUUUGAGGGGUUUGCUCUUUCUUUCCGCCCUCUGUGGCUCUUCCAUGUCUCGGAAUCGCUGAUGA